ACACGCGCCUCUGCAAAUUGCCCCCCCUCGCGACCGGAAGCCGCCUCCCGUUGCCUUGGCGACGCGCGACGCCCCUCUCGCCGCCUAAGGACGCCGGCAGGAGCUUCUUUCGGCCUCCCCGCCAUGUCGCUGCGGACGCUGCCGCUGCUCGUCCUCAACCUGGGCGGGGAGAUGCUGUACAUCGUGGACCAGCGACUGCGCGCACAGAGCAUCCCGGGAGACAAGGCGCGCCAAGUGAUGAAUGACAUCAUUGGGGGCAUCUUCAAUAAAAUUUUUAUGGAUGAGCUGUUUAAGCCGCAAGAACUCUAUUCCAGGAAAGCCCUAAGAGCAGUUUUUGAGCGGUUGGUUCACGCCUCCAUCAUGAGACUGAAUGCCCCCAGUAUGGAUAAGCUUUAUGAUCUGAUGACUAUGGCUUUCAAGUACCAAGUUCUUCUCUGCCCUCGACCCAGGGACCUUCUGCUCAUCACUUUCAACCACCUGGAUGCCAUUAAAGAUUUUGUCUAUGAAUCGCCCAAAAUUCUGAGCCAAAUUGAUGUUACCUUGCGCAAGUUCAUUGAUACCUACGCCUUGCUCUCUGCUGGGGAACUUCAGCUUAUCCGGCAAACGCUGCUCAUCUUUUUCCAGGACAUACAUAUCAGGGUUUCCAUUCUCUUAAAAGAUAAAGUGCAGAAUUCCAACGGCCAUUUUGUGCUUCCCACCUCAACUUCAGUUCCUUGGGGGACAGAGAUCCCUGGACUCAUUAGACUUUUUAACAAUAAAGGAGAUGAAAUUCAGAGGAUCGAGUUCAGCAGUGGAGGAAAUUAUGUUCUUCCGUAUCGGGAAGGCUCAUUUGACCUUCAUGGAGACAGAGUCAUUAGACUGGGAACAAACAUAUACAGCAUCAGCCGGCCUGUAGAGACAGAUGUAUCAGGGGCCACCAAAAACUUGGCAUCUCAUGUUAAGGAAAACACUGCUCCCAACCCUCUUGCUAAAGAAGAGUUGAAUUUAUUAGCCAGGCUGAUGGGUGGCUUGGAGAUCAAGAAGCCCCUAGUCAAGGAAGCGGGUUUUCGUCUGAAUCUUUUCACCACUGACGAGGAGGAAGAACACGCUGCCCUGACUCGUCCAGAGGAGUUAUCCUAUCAAGUUGUCAAUAUCCAUGCAGACCAGGACCAGCAACGGAACGAGGAGCUGGAUCGCAUCAUGGGGGAAUUUGAGAUGUUGGAACAGCACAGUGAGACAAGCAGCAAGGAAUGUGAUUUGUUGGCAAUGAUGGAUAAGCUAUAACCCUUAGCUCUGAAGAGACACGCAGCUUUAAUGCAAAGGCGUGUUUGGUCACCCAGCUUGAUGUUAGAAGAUCUAAGUCAGAUAGAAUACAAUGGAUUCUUCAGCUAUCCAUUUUCUGUUAGGACAUUUGGGAACUGUCUGAGAUCUAUCUACAGUUCUUUUCUCUGGCAUUAGGGAAAUGUGGGCACAAGUGUGGGAGGACAUUCUACUGGAUAGUAGUUUUGUUCCUGUACCGUUAAUGAUUCUGCUCAUGUUAGCUAUUGUUAAAAAGAAAGCCCAUAAAUCCCCAGGUAAGUUGUGUAAAUAAAAAUACAUACUAUGAAGUAACAAUUUAUGUUACCGUAAAAGCUAAGUUUACAAUUAUAUUGCAGCUAUUCUUUUUAGCUGCAACUGUAAAUAAGACAAGCUUGUUUAACUGCAGUGCUCACAAGUUUUUGUAAUCAAAACCCGAUUAAAGAAAGUUA